CCGCAAACAUUGAUCGCAGUGUGCCGGCUGACUCGCUCGGCCUCGGACGGAGGUGACGCUGUCGUCGUUCCUCUGCUCGGGGCUUCUCCGCAUAGCAGAACCCGCCGACGAUCCCGCGCCUCCUUCGCCGCCGCUCGCCUUUUUGCGGCCUUCGUCAUCGCCGGCGCCUCCCGCGCGGCGACAGCGAGCAGUGCUGCUGGCCGGCUGGAAUGCCAAGUGCCUCGGCGCGCGCCAUCGACGAAACGCGUCGUCUUCCGCUGCUGCCCUGAGCGCUGCACAUUUCUUUCUUGUUGCACGGGCUUGAACGACACGUCGUGAACACCUGUCUUGGGUCGCGCUGCUGUCUCCUGCACUGAAGCGCCGUGGGAAGUGAAGGCUGGACGCGUAUGCUUGAUGCGGCAACGCCUGCUCGCUCCCGGAUAAUUUAGUUCUUUUUUUUUUUUGUUUUCUUGGCACGGCUUUACGAGCCACGGAUUGCAAUUUUGUGAACAGUGUUUACUGCUGAUCUGAGUGCUGCCGGAAGUGGCGCGUCUGGUUGGGGAAACGUAUCUCCUCAGGGUGUCACGGAGAUGUGAACAUUCGUAAGAACCUCGAAGAUGCUUUUGGAUUAACGUAACUAUUUCUCAUCGGCAGGCGUGGCAACUUGACGGACCACUGGAAUUACCGCAAGCGUGAUGGCUCAGUGAUUGUCGUGAUCUUGUGGAAAUCGUUCGAGUUACAUUGAUGACAGCGGCCAACGCAAGCACAUUUCAUCUGUCAAACGUGGAUAAACGCCCGAUCUCUGACAGCCAUAAACGUGCUUAACUGUCACGUGCUGGUGAUCGCUUAUCAGCGCACACAAGUGCUGCCCUCUGCGACACUCUCGCAAGUAAUUCCUACUUCGUGGUAGUCAUCCCGUGCGGUGCGGCAUUAGAACUAGGCUGCUUGCGUGUGUUGCUCGGCACCUUUUCCCUCUAUUUUUUGGCUGGCAUCUGAUGCUCUAGAGGGGCAAGGCGCGGAAGAAUUGUACUGAACAUUACGUAGCAGGUCGCAGAUCACCGGAGUUUCUCACAUUCUCACUGGUGACAGUGCGAGCACGAUUGGAUAACACCAUGAGGCGUUCCUGGGUAAUCCUGGAGCCACUUUUGCUGUGCCUCGUCGUCGGGUUUGAAGUGAAGGGGACGCAGCUGACAGAUACGACGGAGACAGCACUCACGGCAACCAAUGCAUCGCUAGUCCUGCCCGGACCAGGGGUGUCGGAGGCGACCCGCACAGAGCGCAGCUUUCGUUCAGCGGGUGCCGAGGAACGGCGUGCGGAAGCGACGUCUUCGGGAGGCUCCUCCGCACUUCCGCCGCCAGGCAGCGCGUCGCUGGUGACGGGUGUGGGAGGCAGCAGCAGCAGCGGCGAGCCUCCGUCCCGGCCGAGUGCGUACUGGGACGACCCCCACUUCAGGCCCCGCUUCGACAACAGCACCGAACGGAACGUCACCGCGCAGCUGGGCAAAUCCGCCUUCCUGCACUGUCGCAUCCGACAGCUCGGCGACAGGACGGUGUCGUGGGUCCGGCAGCGUGACCUGCACAUCCUGACGGUGGGCACGUACACGUACACGUCGGACCAGCGGUUCCAUUCGAUUCACCUGGAAGGAUCCGAGGACUGGACGCUCGAGAUUCGCUACACGCAGAAGUGGGACGCCGGCGUCUACGAAUGCCAGGUCUCUACCGAACCCAAAAUGAGCCUCAACAUCUCGCUAUCCGUGGUCGUGGCGAAGGCACGCAUACCUGAGGGCAGCAACCUGUACAUCCAGAGCGGCAACACCAUCAACCUGACGUGCGUGGUGACUGACACGCGUACGCCCCCAGUGUACGUCUUCUGGUACCACGAUGACCGCAUGAUCAACUACGACUCGAGUCGUCGGGAGGGAAUUCGCGUUGUCACCGAACGGGGCCCAGCCACCACCGUCUCCAGGCUGCAGGUUCUUGACGCAGCCACUCGGGACUCUGGCAACUACUCCUGCAUACCAUCUUACGCAGACCCUGCAAACAUCACGGUGCACGUGCUCAACGGCGAGAAGCCGGCGGCCAUGCAGCACGGACGCCAGGGCAACCUGGCCGAGCGGUCGCUGUCUUCGCUGCUGCUGGUGUCGGCAGUGCUGCUCCUACACCGGCUCUUCUCGUACUUCGUGGUGCACAGAUAGUGCGACGGACAUCGGGACCUUCCCCGCGCCUCCACCAGGCCCCGCCCUCGGAAGAAGUCGAACCACCCUUGAAUCGCGCAUAACGUGCACGGACCAAAACGGCGCCGUCGACCUUCUUCCUACCACCACCGGCGUUCGACCCCGCGAGAAGACGCCGAGCGGAGUCGCCGCCGCGGGCGCUUCCGUGGAGACUCGCCGUGCGUUCGGCGGAAAGCUUGGCGCAGUUUUUGCGCUGUCCUUCUUUGAUCCGAGGCACCACACAUGACGUUGCGCCAGGGGGUCUAAGCAAACGUGCUCACGUGACAAGUUCUUACAGCGACGGUGCAAAGACGGUGCUUGACGAGACGCACAAGAGGGAGUAGAGAGGGCCGAGGUUUAGUCCCUGAUGGAUGUGAAAGAUGAAGAGAGAGAACCAAACGCAGGGCACUGACCCUUAGUGUCCUCGGCACAGGCGGGCACCGUCGCCACUUGCAAUGUUCAGAAACCGGGCUCCUGUCGCCAUGUGGUCAAUCCGUUCGACUGCUUCGUUCGUGUUUAUGUUAUACAGUUUACUUGCGAAUUACGCGCAAGCGUUGCUGUUGGAUCUCAUCACCAGACACUUUCGCAAGAAGGAAAACCAAGAAAACCUCGCCUGUCGAGUCUUCCGUGGAAUGUGUCCGCACUAUCUGGUUCUCGUCGCACCUACUACGGGAAGCGCCACCUAUCUGCCACUUCUGACAAGGACCCGAGCACGACCAUGUGGAAUUUAUUAGUGCCAGUGGGACGUUAACAUUCCUCGAGAAGGCCGAAGAACAGGUUUUGCCGCAAAUAUUAUUUCUUUUUUCGUAGUGUAAUGCCCGUCAUCAACCAUGGGGACCCAUAAUAUUUGGCUUCUUUCAGUGCGAGUGUUACGAGAAAAACAAUGGCCUACAUGGGAACGUCGUUAAAUAUACGUAAAAAAAUGACACAAGAAAACCAAGCGUACUCCAGAAAGGCCUCGGGUGAUGUUACGUAACAAGAACAUUCUCCUUUUUUGGAAACUCAAAUUUCGUACGCGCCGACUUCUUGGAAAGUAUCAGCUAGAGAUGUCGUGCAGUACAUUCCCUGUUAAAGAUGAUGUGCAUCCUUUGAGAAUAGAAACGUGUAGAUUGAAUGGCCAAAGGGCAAGUCACAGUACGGAUGGCCAAACAGCACGCCAUGUCUACCCUCCUCUCUGAGUAACAUGCGUGCUCUUGUCCGAAUAUUUAGUGAGGUAGGUGAGACCCCAUAAACAAAGAAUACCCGAAGAGUUUUCUCCACUGUGGCGAGCCUAUACGUUACAUUUUAGCUUAAUGAUGUGUAUUUUCCACGAACACUUUUCUGGAAGAAUGUUGCCAUCAUUCAUCGUUAACAUCACCACUCACGCCCAUUUAAUCAUCGGUUUAACGCAUGGCCAACCAAAAUCAUACAUACUGCAUGCACUCUAAACACACCUAUCUCGAAACAAGCCUUCGUUGGUAGCUCGCUAGGCAGUGCGCUCAAGGCUUUGUUUUGAAGCUAAACACCGUUCUCGUGGCAUUAGAUUUCUUAGUUUUUUUUUUGUUUUUGUCAAGGUAGGCUUAUGUUGUAUUGGUGUGUAUCACUGCCUACUGUUUCCUUUGUUGCUGUAAGUCGUCAUCUGUUCAACGAGAUCCAUGCUGUGUGUACUCCGUCGGACAAGUAUGUGCGGAGCUUCUGCUUGUUCCGAAACGUUCUAGUCACUAUGACAGAAACAUUUUCGUUCAUCUCCCCAGAGGUAUGUCGUAUUGAGAUGUUACAUGAUACACUAUUUUAUCACAUCGUGUACUUUUUUACGAAAGAAAGUGUAGCAAGAAAGUAGCUUGUCCACGACCAUCCCCUCAAAGCUCGAAGGCAGUGUCUCCGCAUGGGCACACUACUGCAGAAGGACUUUAAUUCUGCCGACAAGCAGAUCCUGCGAGGUCAAUUUCUGCCAGCGCGUAUGCAUUUCCGAGCCCCAAACGUGCUGUUAAAGGCUCUGUGGUAUGCAAUGUAGAUGGCACAUUACAUCACAAACAAUUUAUAAAAUCGAGCGGCUUAAGCUUAUUUACUCCUUCGCGCAAGGGAAACAAACGUAUACCUCCUCAAACGACACAUUUGCUUUAUUACAGGCGCCCAAAGAGGAGAGAAACGAACUUAAAUCAAUCUUGAGAGCGUUUAUUUCGUUAACAUGUGAAUCUAGCAUGGAGGUACACUUUAGUUAAGAUGCAACAGCUAGUUAACCGCACUUCAGCUUAAGUAGGUAGCGCAUCGAUUUGUUCCAGCAACGCCAGGCGUGUGACAUAUUCCCACGCGCUUGGCGCUGAUAAAAUAUAUGCCCCCAAAAGGCGUAUAAUGAAGUGCUGUCAGGGUGUAAACCACCAAAUAUUGCGAAGCGGUCAAGUGCAUUGUGGAAUUUCCACCACCAUCAGCGCUGUAGAGCAGCGGUGAAAUUCUGUUGCUGAUAGGGAUUCAUAUUCGUAAUCUCGCAACUCUUACGGUUGUGCGCAGAAGUUUCCGCGUUUGCUAAGCGGCUAUGACGUUGCGUUGCUGAGCUCAAGGUUGCGGGAUCGAAUCCCGGCCGCGGCUGCCGCAUUCCGACGAAAGCGGAACGCAAAAACACCCGUGUACUUAGAUUUAGGUGCACGUUCAAGAACCCGAGGGGUUAAAAUUAAUCCCGAGUCCCACAGUACGGCGUAACUACGGCACGUAAAACCCCAAAAUCUAAUUUUACUUGCGCACAGAACAUCUGGUACUCAUUUUGUGAUGUUUGAGGAUAACGAGACUCGCGCCUUGCGUUUACAUGCGCGCGCAACAUGUGCUCGCCAACAGGUACCAACAUUUUGAAAAAACGCAUUCCCCAACUACACUUCAUACCGUAAUAUCCAAAUAAAUACCGCUCAGCACGUCGCAAUUCGUGAUGAGGCCUAUGUAGCAGAUUACUGUAACGAACAUAAGUUGAGUGAAUUGCUCGUUCUAAAUGCCGCCUUUAUGCACUGAUGUGUACCUUCCCUCCCCAACACCGACUUCCAAGCACUUUGUGCUCUAAUUGCACUGUGAAUCUUUGCCAGUCCACCUCAACCUGCUUACUCAACUGGUCGCGUUCUCUGACUCAGAAAAAUGUGCGUCGUUCCGAAUCGGCCACCAAAAUUAAUUGCUACAGGAGUGCACACGCGAAGUUGUAGACAAACCACGGCUGAUAGUCGCCCCAAGUUUGCGUCUGCCUUUUGUUCCCGAAAAAAAAAUUGUUUUCCUUCGUCGUUGACCGGGCGGCGGCUAAGCCGCAUAGUGUUCCCGAGGUCACCACUCAAAGUGCACGAUGGGCGGCUGCGACGCGAAGCCGCUUACAGCGCCGCACUGGCGAACCAAGUGAGAGAGACACAUGGCCACGCUUGCGGCGUUAUUGCUUUGGAAGAAUCGCAGGCCGUCGUCGCAGAGGCCACGCGCGUGUGUGUGUGUGUGCGUGCGUAAAUGUGUUGUUGCCACCCCAUCCUCUGUCCCACUUACUUCCUCCGAGAUGAGCGUCACCGAAGCAGCCGCGUCAGUUCAUUAAUUAGUCUGAAAGAGUGGACUCAAUACGCAAGAAGAUAGCGGGAGUGAAGACACGCGCAAGCGAUGCAGCCCAAGUCCUGGAAGAAUAAAAGGGGCAGCCUCGCGCAGGCAGCCAUUGUUUGAACGGCAGUGUCUUAGUGUGAUUCCUUUGCGCAGUCCAAUGCGUAGGUUGAAGGCACACGUCACGAGCCGUCACCAGGACAGCAUUCGCGCGACGAAUUUCUGGCCAACCAGUGCUCGAUUUACAUCGUAUGGUGACCAAGAUUGCCCCGCUGCUUUUU